CAUCAAUAUUUAUUGAAAUUUGAAGCCAUUCAAUUUUAUUUCACAAAAACAAAUACAUUAUAAAUAAACGAGGGAAAAAUAAAUUAAUUUUAAUUAUUUAAAGCCAUACAAAGCAGUCAUCAUGAACGUGAUCCAGGCGGUAAAAAUGUAUAUUACAAAAAUGACUGAGGAAAGUGGGCCUGGAAUGAAAGUGAUUUUAAUGGAUAAAGAGACUACUAGUAUAGUAAGUAUGGUAUUCAGUCAGUCAGAGAUCCUUCAAAAAGAAGUCUAUCUAUUUGAGAGGAUUGACAGUCAAACAAAAUGGGAUAAUAUGAAGCAUAUGAAAUGCAUAGUAUUCCUGCGACCUACCUCAGAAAAUAUAGCCCUGUUAUCACGAGAACUGAGGUGUCCUAAAUAUGGAGUAUACUUUAUUUAUUUCAGCAACGUAAUAUCAAAAGCGGACGUAAAGACUCUAGCCGAGUGUGAUGAGCAGGAAGCUGUGAGAGAGGUGCAGGAAGUGUUUGCUGAUUAUCUGGCUGUGGAUCGACAUCUGUUCUCGUUUAACAUUGUGGGCUGUUUGCAUGGUCGAUCUUGGAACCAACAGCACUUACAGCGAUGUUCGCAAGGCCUCCUUGCUUUACUCCUUUCACUGAAGAAGCGACCCAUAAUCCGGUACCAGGCUGGUUCGGAGCCCUGUUCCCGCCUCGCUGAUAGAGUCAAGGAGCUGAUGAGGAGGGAGUCAGUGCUCAUGGAUAAUAAUAUACCGUUCAAUGGGGAUGUUCCUAACCCUCAAUUGUUGAUAUUGGAUCGACGGGAUGACCCUGUUACGCCAUUGUUGCAUCAGUGGACAUACCAAGCGAUGGUGCAUGAACUAAUCGGCAUCCACAACCAUCGAGUAUCGCUGGCACAUGCUGAGGUGCCCAAAGAGCUGAAGGAGAUUGUACUGGCGCCGGAGCAAGAUGACUUUUAUACAAAAAAUCGCUACGCCAACUUCGGCGAGAUCGGUCAAACCAUCAAGUCGUUGAUGGAUGAGUUCCAGAAGAAGGCCAAGAGCCAUCAAAAGGUCGAGAGUAUCGCUGACAUGAAGAACUUUGUGGAAACUUAUCCGCUUUUCAAGAAAAUGUGCGGCACAGUGACCAAACACGUGACGGUGGUGGGGGAGCUGUCGAGUUGUGUGGCGAAGCGCGAGCUGCUGCUGGUCUCCGAGCUGGAGCAGGAGCUCGUCUGCCAGGCUGAUCAUCAGAAGCAUCUGCAGCGCAUAAAAGCCCUAUUCACGAACGACAAGAUAUCCGACUCGGACCUCAUCAAGCUGGUCUCGAUCUACGCGCUGCGAUACGAGAAACACGCGAGCAAUGCGCUUGCGAGUCUGUUGGAAAUGUUGCGCACGCGCAGCACAAGUGGGGAUGUGACUAUACCAGUACUCGGCUUGGAGUAUGGCGGGGCACAUGCAAGGCAAAGUGAUCUGUUUGGCUUGCAGGACGCUACUAAGAUCACUAAGCGGCUUUUUAAGGGCCUCAGUGGGGUAGAAAACAUUUACACCCAGCACACGCCGCUCCUAAAGGACACUUUAGAAGACCUAAUCAAAGGGAAGCUUCGAGAGAAUCUCUACCCCUUAGUGGGGGGAGAAGACCUAUCCACGAGUAGACGGCCACAAGAAAUUAUCGUAUUCAUUGUAGGUGGAGCCACAUAUGAAGAGGCUUUAUGCGUUCAACAGAUAAACCAAGCGUAUCCGGGUGUCAGAGUUGUAUUGGGAGGGACUACGGUGCAUAAUUCGACGUCGUUUAUGGAAGAAAUUAAGUUUGCUAUGCAAGGCGUGGCUAGGACGCAUACACGGCAUAUACGGAAUGUGUAAUUUGGUCCUUAUUGUAUUAUGUUUAAAGUCCAAUUUGGAAAAAAAAAGAGUAAGUUCUUUGGCGUAUGGAAAAAAAUACUAGAAUAUACAACUUGAACAUAUGUAGUUAUAAAUUUUCAUACCACCUAGAACUAACUUCAUGCUGUUAAAUUUAGGUGUCGGUGUGCGCGCGCAUCGUAAAAAUUCACUCUCAUCAUUUUUCUCCAUCGCGCCAAAAGAAGUAUAACUUCAAAAAUAUGAACUGAUUAAUGUGAACUUGGAUCUAAAUCAAGAUGAUUGGUGAUGAAAAAGAUGUUUAACAUUCCGUUUAUGCGUUUUUUAUCUUCAUUCUGUGUAACUAUUUGUGGUUAGGAUCACCUUUAAGACAAAUAUCAUUAAUAUUGUAUUUUCAUUAUUUAUAAUCAUAAGGAAUUGUAUUCUUUCCUUGAGAUUUAUUAAUUUAUUUAUUCUACCCCCAUCUCUUUUGUAUCAUUACUACUAGUGCAGUCUGUCUUCUAAACACAUGGACAUAGCAAGACUUUAUUUAUGUGUCAUUAUACAGGGUGUCCCAAAAAGUAGUGAUGAACGGAAGCUGGGAGGUAGAGGACCUAGAGGGCUAUCCGAAUCACCCCCAUGUAUGUUAUGUGAUUUUUCGUAUUUUCGGAGUUAUGACGUUUUUUUUUAAUUUUUCACCUACUUUUUGGGACACCCUGUAUAUUAAACAGGGACAGUUGGAGGAGGCCUAUACCCGAAAGGGGCCCAGGACAUUUAUCCGAAUUAUAUUAUUAAUAUCUUCUAAGUGUAACUUCGUUGUAAAUUGGGUUGAAAUGUCAUGGAAUAAUAAGUGCUAAAUAAAUAAAUAAAAAAUAUAUUAAGCAAUUUUCAGAAAGUCUACUUUAUAUAAAAUUAAUAAUUAGUAGUACAUACCCGGCUUCUAGUCUUGUCUUAUCCAAGUUAUUAUUGUAUUAUUUACUGCAGUUAUGGUCACUUGCAUGGCAAUUGUUAAUAAAACAUUAAAUUAUAAGAAUAAUCUACUGUUAUUUA